GGCGGAAAUAAACAGGUCACGUGUGUCGGAGGUUGCCAAGGCCAGUGUGUAUCCAUGACAACACCAGUGGAGGAAAGUGUCUGUGUUCAGCGCGACAGAACGUAAAGAAAAGGAUGGCUGAAACCGGUGAUGGUAAAAAAGAGGAUGCCGACUACAAAAGACUGCAAAGCUUUCCGCUCAUCAGGCACACGGAUAUGGCAGAGGAGAUGCGCGUGGAGACCAUGGAGCUCUGCGUCACAGCCUGUGAGAAAUUUGCCUCUAACAAUGAGGUCAGUCAGAAUGCUGCCAAAAUGAUUAAGGAGUCCAUGGAUAAGAAGUUUGGCAGUUCGUGGCAUGUGGUGAUCGGUGAGGGGUUUGGGUUCGAGGUGACCCAUGAAGUCAAGAACCUGCUCUACAUGUUCUUCGGGGGAAGUCUGGCCGUGUGCGUUUGGAAAUGCUCCUGAUGUCACUUCCUGCAAUGCCCACACAAUUGCCAAUAUGAGAUAUUUAUACUCGCGGACUCGUCUUAACUAUGCAGCCCUAUUUGACUUGACGUGUGUGCGUUAAGCGUGUGAAAUUGUGUAUGAGGGGACAAAAAGAUACAGAUUCCUAUUUCCUAUGCACUUCUCCAGAUGAGUCUUUUUCCGUCUUGAUUUUUAAAGUAUAGGCUACGGUUUUGAGUUUAACACACAGAUUGUAAGAUUGUUUUUAUAGCGUUUAUAAAAAACGUAAGAAGUUUAUUGCAACUGACUGCAGGACCUAGUAGAGAAAUAGUUUUCUUUUUGUCCUCUUCCUGUCCCCUUUACUUUCUCAAAUCAUGUUUCCGGUCUUAUCAUGCGCAGUUCAUCAUAGCACAUCAUUCCAAAGAAAACUUUUGCAUUUGUAAUCUUUCAACCUUCUCACAAGAGACUUUUCUUUUCAGCUGAUGCCACCAAUCCAUCUUAUUUUAAAAUCUCGCCUGUCAACAUUCUGGUAUGAAACAGCUACUUUUCAUGAGACAUUCAGUUCCCAGUGGAUAAAAUGAAGUGCAGCCUUA